CAAAAUCAUAGCAAACCAACAGAUAUGCAAGCAGCUGCUCACACCAUCUGAUUCUGCAGCACGCCAUAAUUAACAUCACCACGGGAUCCUAAAUCGCACCGUCAAUCAUGACAUUCACAUACGUGAUCGGUGGGUCACAAUGCGGGGUCCGUGAAGGAAAUGUAGCUUCAUUUUGACACAGAACACAUGGAGGAGGAUGAAAUGACGCCAAAAUCUCUCCCGCCCUGGGUUGAGCUGGAAUAUGCGCAUAUGAUCACGUUGGCUGGCAUCAAUGGCCGGGUUGAGUUCACGCAUCUAUCGCACAACUCUAGUUCAUCGCUCGAUGCACGGCUGGCCCCUAUCAACAAAUCCGCUGCAUCAUACCAAGUUCAUACUCAGUCAGUAAUGGAACUGCUGGAGCAAAAUAACAUUUCGAUUUCAAGGGUAUGUCUUCUUGAUCCGAAAGCUCAAACAGCGCUCGCUCCGGAAGAUGGCAAGAUUUUUGAUCAUUUCUUGUUUGGGGGUAUACUAGGUGAGUACAUCGAGGCUUCUUACUCAUCAGAUUUUUCUGGACAUUGGACACCAGGUGAUGAUCCCCCUCGUGAUCGAACAUCUGAGCUCCGUCAACUUGGUUUCCCUUCGCGUCACCUGGGUUCAAUGCAGAUGACAACUGAUACCGCGCUCGGUGUAACGAAGCGAGUUGUCGAUGACAAAGUGCAACUGAAUGCGAUACCAUACGUGGACUUUCCAACUAUCAUAUUCAAUGCUAAGGAAAGUGUUGAAAUGCCUUUUCGUUAGUGAUACUCCCGAAUUACAUUAGGUCAGGGCUAACCGCAUCUUUCACCCGUGGCCAUCGUGGAAUUUUAACAGGGUAUAUUGUCAACGGCAAAGAACCCAUUUUACCCCCCGGAAUGCGGGAACUUCUCCAUGAGGAUCUUAACAAAAGUUUCGACUUCUAAAACCACUUACAAUGUUACAUGGUAACUGCCGUUAUGAGGUUUACACAUGUUAUACUACGGAAUUGAAACCU